UCGCCGGUCCCGGAAUGCAGCGGUUCACGCUCACUGGCUGGCGCGCCCGUUCCCCCCUCGGCGUCCUGACGUGCUCAUAGGCGCGGCGUCCCGUCAGUCUUUCGCCCCGCCGUUGCCACGGGGAGGACGCGGGCUGGGGCCGGCAGCUCGCGAUGGCUGGCGUGGAGCUCUUCUCGCAUCCUGCGCUUCACACGCGCUACCGGGCCGGGCUUUGCUCCGCCGCCGCGCUGGCGCUGCUGCUCAUAACGCUGCUCACCUAUGUGCCGCCGCUGCUGGUGGCCUACCGGAGCCACGGUUUCUGGCUGAAGCAGAGCGCGUACCUGGAGCAGCCCGCCGUGCGGUUCCGGUACGAGGUGCUCUUCGUGGCCACCAUCGGGCCCGGCCCGGGCAGCUUCUUGGCGUGGAGCACGUUCCCAGCGUUCAACAGGCUCCAGGAGGACCGGCUGCGAGUCCCCCUCCUGUCGACUAGAGAAGAGGACAAAAAUCAAGAUGGCAAAAUGGAUCAGUUGCAUUUUAAAUUGGAACUUCCGCUACAACCUACAGAGCAUGUAGUUGGUGUUCAGCUGAUCCUACUCUUUUCCUACCAGCUUUACAGAAUGUCAACACUGGUGAUGCAGAGCAUGGCUUUUCUUCAGUUUUUUUCUCCUGUGCCAGGGUCUCAGCUCUAUGUGAAUGGAGACCUGAAACUGAACCAGAGGCAAUUACUUAACCAUCGUGGACUGGAUACCAGAUACAACGUGUCUGUGGUCAAUGGCACAAGUCCUUUUGCGAGCGACUAUGAUCUAACAAACAUUAUUGCAGCAUAUCAGGAUAGAAAUGUGACAACAGUCUUUUCAGAUCCCAACCCUGUUUGGGUGACUGGAGGAGCAAGAGAUACACCAUUUAUCGUCAAUGCCACUAUUCGUUACCCAGUGGAAGUUAUCUUAUAUCAGCCAGGAUUUUGGGAAAUUAUUAAAUUUGCCUGGAUCCAGUAUGUCAGCAUUCUCCUUAUCUUUCUUUGGGUAUUUGGUAGGAUUAAAAUGUUUGUGUUCCAGAACCAGGUGUUGACUACAACUGCAAUAUCACCAGUUCUGCCGGUGUCUCCCGUACUGUCCUACAAACAGCACCAGUCCUGAGGAGAUGCCUGAGAACACUUUAAAGAAAUGCAGUUCAAAAAUAGAUACCUGCAUUUAUUCUCUGUAAACUUUUUACUUUGGAAGAUCAGAACUUUAAGUAUGUUCCAAGUAUGUUCUGUUUGUGCUUCCUUUUUUAAAAUACAUGUUCGUUCAUCUAGUUCUCUCCAAAUACUGCUUUGGGGCUGAAGAUUUUAAUAUUUUUGUCAACUAAAGAAGAACCUAGGGUUGUUUUUUUUUUUGCAACCGGCACACAUUUCAAAAACCAGUAGAAAGCAAUGAGACUGCUUUUGCAUCAUCCUAAUUUUACUAAACCUUGAAGACUGAAAAUAAUAUGCUAACAGUAACAAUGUAAGCCAUUUUUACAGCAUUGUAUAUUAAUAAAGGGAAAAGUCUAAGGAUGUGAAAAAA